AUGGCUGAAGACCAUAAAACACCUCCCCAAUCUACUGCCGAAGGCAUCUGGCAGUUGGACGAGACCACAGAGAAUUUCAUCUUUGUCCCUCUGGAAGUCUUGGAGAGAGACUACCGCCCAUUCACCGAAGAAGAAGUGAAGGCCAGUCGACCCUCACCUGGGGCCAUCACCGAAUACCUCUCCGCCCUGACUCCAUUCCAGAAGACGAUACUCGAGCAACUACGCUCUCUGGGCUGGAAAGAUGAGCAGAGCCACAAUUUUUUCGACUACCUUGAUGGGGCUCAGAAACGCCUACGUAUCCAACUUCGCAUGCAGGGAAAAAGCGCGGAAGAGAUUGACAGAUUGGAUGCCCUUUGCCAGGAGGGACUGGUGGACUUUUCGCAUCUCAAACGAGGGCUUGGAGAUCGCCGUGAGGAGGACUAUCAGUUCCAGCUUUAUCUGCUGGAAGAAGUGAAGAGGCGGCAACAGAUCAUGCUUGGGGAGGGCUGGGAAAACACAUUAUACAUUUCUCUGUGCAGUGUUGCCUCCAUCACCGUCAUCCACGAACAACAUGGACUUGGCACAAACGAUUCCAGCCUUAUUGGCGGUAUUCGAAUCCAUGUCAUAAUUAUGAUUGCCUCCAUCCUUAGUCCUUGUGGUCAGUCUGCAGGUAAUCAAGAACAAACAGCGUUAUGGUCCACAUCACUCAAGUUGCAAUUAUUAUUAUCACGAGUGCACUAUCAUUAUUAG